AUGGGCAACAAUUAACCUAAACCCCAAGAACCUAAACCUACAAUUGAUGAUGCUAUUUUGGAUAUGAAGAUGGCUUCUAAACGAUUUGCCAAUGAGUCUAAGAGAUGCGAGAAGGAAAAGGAAAAAUUAAUGAACCAGGCAAAAGUAGCUUUGUAGAAAAACAACGAGGAAGGUAUGAAUUCAAUCAAAUACUUCUAGGCGCUAGACUGUUCUUGACUUCAGCCAUGAAUAAACAAAAGGAAGCUGAGAAUUUGCAGAAGAUGGCUCACAAAAUGGAUUAUAUGUAAGGUUUCAUUAAAACAAAUACAAACAGCACAAAAUUAGUGGAUGCUCUUGCAAAGAUCAGUCCAAUCAUGAACUAAUAAGUAUGAACAGUAAUAAUAGUAGAUUUAAAAUAUGCCAUUGGAGAUGGUUUAUCAGAAUAUGAAUUCAUUUGAAAAGGCUAUGGAUGAAAUGUAAGUGUAAGGAAAUAUAAUGACAGGAAUGAUGAACCAAAAUAACAAUAUUGGAUAGGAUUUGGCUAUUGAUUAAAUGAUGGGACAAUUGAAACAAGAAAUACACAGUGAGGUAUGCUCUUACUUUAAAUCUAGGUGUCCAAUGAUUUAAAUGCAAAUCCUAAUGUUCUUUUUAAGGAGUUGAACCAAUAGAAUCCACAAUAAAAUGCACAAGCGAUUAGUAAUAACUAAAUUAAAUGA